UGAAUCUCCUAUUUUGCUAACUCUUUUACAUAUCAUGCUGAGCUUUUGAAGAGUGUUGAAACACUGAGCUGAGGAGGUGUGCAAUCUCACUCCUUUUACUUCCUUGCACCAGGGAAAACAAAAAAACUUCAGGUGCAAACCCCAGAAGUAGGCCAUCACACAGUCCUGGGUAUGAGUAGCUGAGGGACAGUGUUGCAGGAUGAGGUCUAGGAAGAGAGAUGUAACAAGUCAGAAACAAAACUUGCUUUUUACUUGCCACCCUCCGUAUCAGAUUUUAUUGCCACCUCAUUCACUUGAAAAAAAAAUGAGAUUUCAUAGCAGGCUGGAUUUUCAAGAACAGUAAGAAACAUCAAGAGAGAAUCAAUUAUUUGAGCUGUUUCGAUGUAGCAAAUCACACAGGCGGUGAAUGCACUGCUUUGGCUUAACUAAAAAUUAUGUGUUGUGAAACACGGAACACAACAUGCAGAUAGCAGUGUGUCCAUCUGAAUAGGCAUAUCUGAAUCGAUCCAUAUAGCUGUCUGAUGCCAAUAUGGUCACACAACUAUGUGCUGCAAAUGAGGGAAGGUAGAGGCUACAACCCUCACCCUCCCUAAUUCCCUUUAAAAACAAACGGUAGUGAAGUCAACAGAAACAUAAGAAAGGGGUAGUAGAGUGAUACUGAAGACUAUUGGUGGUUCACAUUGAGCUGAUUCUGACUCUCUGUUUGGGUUUCUGUGCAGUAUACAGCUUUUCACUCUUCUCACAUCACAUUUUCUGUCUCCCACCUAGUGCUGCCCAAGUAUGAGGUCCUGGUGAAGCUGCCUAAGAUGAUCACUAUUGAGGACAAGGAACUUCCAGUGUCCGUCUGUGGUCUUUACACCUAUGGAAAACCAGUCCCUGGUUUGGUGAGUGUCCAAGUGUGCCGGAAAUUUUCCCAUUCUGCUUCACAUUGUUAUAGAAAAGAAGGAGAAGCUGUAUGUGAAGAAUUCACCAGGCAGGCAGAUGCUCAUGGGUGUGUUUCUGAUGUAGUAAGGACUAAGAUAUUUCAUCUCCGGCGCAGGGGAUAUAAGAUGAGCAUUGAGGUGCAAGGCAAGAUCACAGAAGAUGGUACAGGAAUAGUUGUGACUGGAACAGGCUCCUGUGAAAUCACAUCCAUAAUGAGCAAAGUCAGCUUUGACCUGUUGGAUUCUCAUUACAGACCAGGGAUCCCACUCUUUGGCAGGGUGAAGCUGGUAGAUGGUAAUGAUGUUCCCAUUGCCAAUGAAACCAUCAGGAUUUCUGUGAAUGGAGACAUAUACAAAGGAAAUUACACUACAGAUGAGCAGGGACUAUCCUGGUUUUCCAUUGAUACUACCACGUUCACAGAAGCCUCCCUGGAAAUCCGAGCUGAAUAUAAACCUGAACUGAACUGUUAUGUCAGUGACUGGAUCACGCCUUCACAUGAGCAUGCCAUGCGUAGAAUAAGUCGGUUUUACUCCCCCAGUAAGAGCUUCCUCAAAAUUGAGCCCAAGUUGGAGAUGUUAAGUUGUGGCUCCUCCGCAGAGAUCCAGGUGCACUAUAUCUUCACACCAAAGGUUAUUGAACAGCAGAGGAAAAUUAUCAUUUACUAUUUGGUGAUGGCCAAGGGAAGUAUUAUGUUAGCAGACACCUAUGAUCUGACUGUGGAUCCUGGAAAUGCUUAUGGGAUAUUCCAGUUGAUUUUACCUGUUGAGGCGACAAUUGCUCCCCUGGCACAAAUGCUUGUCUAUACCACUUCACACAGUGGAGAAGUCAUUGCUAGUACAGGAGAAUUCCAGGUUGAAAGUUGCCUUCUCAAUAAAGUCAACUUGAGUUUUCUACCCAAGGAAGAACUUCCUGCCUCCAACACAAGUCUGAAACUCCAUUCCUCACCAAGGUCCCUGUGUGCCCUCCGUGCCGUGGACAGGAGUGUUCUCCUCAGGAAGCCUGAAAAUGAGCUCUCUCCCAGCUCUGUGUAUAACCUUCUCCCACUCAAGGAACUCCGGGGCUAUAGCUUCAAGGGCUACUACUUGGAAGAAGAAGAUGUAAACCCCUGUGUGUCACUUGACAACAUAUUACUGAAUGGAUUCACCUAUGUACCCAUUUCUCCUGAUGGUGAAGGUGAUGCUUACGAAAUUCUCAAACUGAUAGGCUUAAAAGUCUUCACUAGCAACAAGAUCCAUAAGCCUGAAGUCUGCCAGCAUUACACAGCGCAUAUGAUGGAAAGGAGUUACAGUGGUUCUAUCAGUGCAUCGCAACUGCUUGAUGAUUCAGACUAUGCAAUGUUAAAAGGGAUGGAUGCUGGCAGUCCCAUGGAGACCAUCCGGAAGUACUUCCCUGAGACAUGGAUUUGGGACAUAUUUUCAGUGAACUCUGAGGGAAAUGCUGAACUAGAUGUGACCAUCCCUGACACCAUCACUGAAUGGAAAGCCAGUGCAUUCUGCAUGUCCCCAGACACAGGCUUUGGCCUGUCACCAACAGUGUCCCUCAGAGCCUUCCAGCCUUUUUUUGUAGAGCUCACCCUACCUUACUCUGUAGUGCGUGGUGAGGCCUUCACACUGAAAGCCACUGUUUUCAACUACCUGACAGCCUGCAUCAGAGUAAGGAAGACUUAAAUCCUUCUUCAUACCUGUACCUUCUUGUAUACUCUUUGCCUACACCUAGCCUUCUUUCUUAUCUCUGACUAGCCUUAGACCCCUUCCUCCCUGAAAUUCUUAUGUUAUACCUUCAACAUGCUGGAAAUGCCCACAUACAACUCCAGCUUCCUGCUCCUUUGCUACAGAAGAAAUUGCUAAUUUUUCCUAGCACUCUGUCUUCUCCCUUUCUCUCAAGAUCAUUCCUUGAUUACACCUCUCUACAAAU